AUGUCGACCUCGAUACAGGCACGCCGACACAGUCGGGGCGUUCCGCAGCCAUCUUUCGAAUCAUACGAUCUUGCGCAGUCAUCCCGUUCUAGAGCUUCUUAUCGCAGAGAAGACGACCUCUUUGAUACUCUUUUCCCACAACCACCACCACGCUCUCGUAUUCAAGCCGAGCGUCUAGCUCGCCCUUCACUCCCUUCGCUCAAAGCUUCACUGCAGGUCGACUCUGCUGAUUCCUCCAGCUCCACCGCACAGCUGCUCUCUUCCUCCAACUCCAUCGAGUCGGUCAACUGGUUAGCAUCCAACCCAUCUUCCACUUCAUCCCUCUCGCUGUUGCAUAGCAUACGCCCCUCCAAGCAAGGCUCUACCGACAGCUCCAUAGACUACUACAGUCCAGCCGUCAGCGAUGUCAACAGCGCAGAAACAGAUCACAGCCUGUCCAGCAGCCAUGCCCAUUCGCAGUCAUCCGAACUCGAUCCACACGAACACGGCGCUCCCUUGACACCACUUACGCCGAAUGGCGCUUCACAUCCUUGGCGACCCAAGCAACUCAAUCUGCUUCGUAAACGUCAAGUCGCUGCUCCUGCUGAAUCUUGUAUUCCAGCCUAUCAAGCGACGCCCUCAUGGAAUGCCACUCCAACCAUCAGUGCCGACCGCAAUGCUCUCCUCAUUGGCUUGGGUCUUGCAGGUAUCGCACUCUCCUCUUCGCCUGCCGCACCCUCUGCUACUUCAGCCUUGUCAAAUGAGACGCUAAUGCAGGCUAGCCAAACAAGGGCUCUCAUGCGAUCCAGGUCGCCUCAGCUCGGCUCGAGUGCCUCUUCUUCUCGAGACAGUCAAGCAGCAAAUGCGCCACUGCCACAAGGUCCAAAGCAACUCCUUCUCGUGUCUUCUGGUGGUCCACCAGGCAUUCGUCGCUUUCCUGGUCGCAGGCCAAGCGAAGGUCUUUUCGAAACCUUCACCUCGCCAAUACCUGCUCCUGCAUCCGAGCAAUCCUCUCGCAGUAACACGCCCCAGAUGCGCUCCGCAAUCCCAGUCAUGCCAAGCGGACCCGCCUUUGUCGACGCACGAGCAUGCUCUCCCGAUCUUUCUUCACUUGCCCAUGGCGAGCAACAGACAGGGCUUUCGGCGAAACAGUUUUUGGCACAGAUCGCCUCGACGCCAGAGUAUCAAGCCAGCCAAUACUUUGAAUCCACAACAGCCUCAUCAGCAUGGCCUUCAGGCCCCGCCGAGAUGCAACUUGAUCCAAAGGAUUCCGACCAGGACUUUGACAAACCGCUCUACACCGCCAUGUCAACAGUUGCUGACCAUCACUUUGACAUGUCAGCUAGCGAAUACCGAACCACAGACUCGGCAGCAACCAACUCAUCGGCAGCAUUCAACUCAUCGGCAACAGCCUCGCCUGCUCUGUCCCUCUUGGCCGCGAAAGGACCAGGCUUCUGUUCGGAGCAUCGUUCCACAUCCGCCUCCCUAAGCAGAAGGAAAGCGCCACCUACGCCUCUUGUUCUUACCUCUUCACCGGCUACUAGCAACUCCGAUACGCUUCCCGGCUCCGCGAGCGGCCGUCGCAGGCGCUCUCUGACUGCCACCAUCAAUUCUCACUCGCCCCUUUCUGCGCCACACUCGAACCGCUCCAGCACAUGGGCUCCGUCUCCGGGUAAGACUCCCACGUCCGCUGAAUCCGGAACUGGCUCUAGCUCCGUUUCCGGCUCCGAUCGCCGUCAGCAUAGAAGCGACUCCGACUACUCCGAGCCUCUUCGCACUGCUUUCUACGAUUUCGACCCCGAGGACGACGGCGAGGUCAAAGACGACACAGCUUCCAAGCCGAGCAGCAACUUGCUGCUCGGCAGUGCCCAUGCAUCUGCCGCUCUCCGAAUGAUUUGCGCAGUCUCGACAUGGACAGAGCCCGAAACGACGCCUUCAGCACCUCAAGAGACCGAACCCGUUUUCGACCGGAAGGCGAGCGAGUCGCAAGAUUCGCAGCUGUCUGCUUUGAGCAGUCACGUCAACUCCCUGAGAAGCACCGCCGAGACUCGCGAAAGCACUGGAUCCGAACCUGCGGCCGCAUUCGAGUUUGCCGACUUGGAGACGAAGCCGUCCAGCGAGGGUUUGAGUCUACAGACUAUGAUGGGCUUCCUUCAGCGCCAGGACUCCCAGAAGGCUCCCACAUCAUCGCUCUUGCAAGACGUUGAUUCCGAAUCCGACGAGCAAGAAAGCGAUCUUUAUCCGGCAGCCGAAUCAACCGUGCACCAGGCGUCCACGUUGGCAGCGGCGAGCUCACAGUACGCAGCAUCAUCAUCGGCUGAGGCACGUGACAAAGCCGCUCUUGUCACAAUGCCAACACCUGCACCUUCAGGAGUUCCAAGUUUCAACAUCUCCAUCUUUGGGCCUGGUCAGACAACCGAGGCAAAGCACGCACCGCCACAGCUGUCCAUUGAUCCCAAGUAUAGCGCAGAAGCUGCCCAUGGCCCCGUUCUUACACGUUCCCGCAAGCAGAGUAUGGUCCCCGCCCCUCCCUCCUUCGCCAUUCGUGAUGCCUCGGGCGAAACACAGCAGAACGAUCAGACGCCCGUCUUCGUUCCCUUCGAGAUUGCCACCGCUGUCGCAGGGGCGGAGAGCAACGAGUUACCCGCUGGCAACAGUAGAUGGAGUUCUGGUUCCGAAUCGGACGGCGAAUCCGCCAUCUCGACCAAGGCAACUGGACGCAAGUCGUUCUCAAAAGGGAGAAAAAGCUUCUCUGCAAGUCGCAAGAACAGCGUUGCGAUCAACAAAGAGCCCAUUGCCGCGCCUCUUGUGGCGAAAGAGGUGACGCCCGAAGCUGGCGGGAGACAAUCAAAGCAGUCGAGCAAGUCUCAACUUUCAGCGCAAGGAGCGGCUCCCCAGAACUUGUCUGUGCCGACCAAAUCUUCAGCUACUUCUAUAUCCAAGCGACUCCUCCUCAAUGGCCUCCCUUCGCUGAGGAAGAAGAGCUUCUCCAACCUGAGUAGUCAGUCCGCAUCGCCCUCGACGCCAAGCUCAGCUGGCCCCGCCUUCUUCAACAGGACGGAACUCCCCUUCCCUCCGCCAGCAACGCCUCAGGCGUUGAGAUCGCCGCCCGUCCCCAGCAUUACGAGUCAACCGCUGGAUGGCCACGACACUGCGGGACUCACGAUCAGGACCGCUUCUGUGACCACCUUUGCAUCAGCAGCACAGCUGCCAGGCCAAUCCCCGCAAACGCCGGUGUCUGCGCCAAACUUUGCUUCAUCCAAUGGCGCCACUGGUCCGCUCACCACACAACAGAUCCUGGCGCAAGCUCGCAACAACGUCUGGCCCGAGAACUACAUCGGCACUAGCGUCAGUGCGGCGGGCAUGUCAUCGCCGUACUUGUCCGCAGCUCACGACGCCUUCAGUCACGAUUUUGCCCCCAGUCGCCUUGCACCGACUCCUCCGUAUUUUGCUACAUCGUCAACCACUCGCAUCGAAAGGUCUUCGACUCCGCACCCUCCCCCAAUGUCUCAAAGUCCACGUCUCGACUCCAACAGGACUUCCAGAGACAAGUCAUUGCCUUCGACACCUCUAGACGGACCUGCCGCCAUGAUUCGCUCACGAUCUCGCCACAACGAGUUUGUCCCACCUCCCAAGAACCUUCGCCAUUUGCGCCAGUCUUCCUCCAACACCAACCUGGACAAGCUUCGCAAAGACGUGCCCGCUGACGUGUUCAGGUAUCACCAGAAACGAGAAGCGAGCGCAUUAGAUGCCGCGGAAACAGAAGCUCGGGUUACUACAGCAGGUCCCUCACCGCAGCAGGACAUGGUCGGCACAGAGGAGAAGUUGGCAACAGUUACCGAGACCAACGUUGAUCUGGUUUCAGCCUUGUCGGAUAGUUCUGCGCCUAUCGAUACAGUACUAGAUGCUUCACUUGAUCUUCCACCACUCGUCGAACGUCGCCAGGCAAAGUCGCACAAAGCUCGGCGGAUCCGCAAGCAAGGAGAUCGCUUCCCACGCUACAACUCCUGGUCGGAUUUCGGACUGCAAUGGGUAGCCGAACAGAGUACAGACGCCUUCGACAUCCUUGCCGCCGAGCUCCUGCCCGCCAAGGCCAUUUUAAUAGCAGCAGGAGCGUCGACCGGCAAUUCGAACCGACUCGUCACAGGCGGGAGCGGUGGCGGUGGAGGCGACGGUGACUCGGAUGAAAGCGACACGGAUGAUUAUGGUUCCAGCGAUGGAGGCGGAGGAGCUGGUGGUGGUGGUGGGUUCGGAGGUGCAGGAGGCGGAGGAGGCGGCAAGCAACCUGCCUCAGGCCGCAAUGACGCAGACAACUCGGACGAUGAUCUUGACGAGGAGUCUGAAGAUGAUGAGGUGGCCGAGGUAAUGACGGAUAACGACUUCGACGAGCCCUAUGAGGAUAGCGAGCAGGCGGCUGCCUCGCGCGUUGCUCACGGUUCCAAGAUGCCCACCGUUCCCGCUCGUGGCGCAUCUACGCCGACGUCUCACGCUCAGGCCGAAGAGGUCGACAACUCGGAUUCAUCAGACGAUCGACCGCUCGGUCUGCUGGUUGAUGAUCCCAGAGCUCUGCAGAAGGUUCUUCGCGCACAAGAGCGAAAGCGACACUUUGCUCUAGCCGCUCAAGCUCUCGAAGGUAAGGGAAGUUCCGGCGCAACACUCUUGACAGGGAGUCAAGCUCGUCACGCCGGUCAGAGUCAGUCGAGCGACGCUGUUGUGAAUCCGAGCGACCUGGCCCAAAGGCUGGCCAAGGUGCAAGGCCGACGCGAACGUGCACAAACGCCCAACGCCGCUGUCAUGCAGCGGUCUCAGACUGUUGCAAGGCAGGAUGUCAGUCGUGCCUUGGACAGAAAGAAACAGCCAGAUGCUGCCGCUGCAUCGCGUUCCAAGUCAGUGCGUGCAACGCCAGCUGAUCGAUACGUCCAUCCGGGCAUGCGAGCAAGAACACCCUCGGAAGCCGCUUUACGAGCCAAAGCCAUGGCCCAAGCGGUGCCUCAUGGUCCUUCUCCGAUCAGCCCGACACUUCCCAGCGUGGCCAAGAUGCCAGAACUGCCAUCCAAUGCUAUGGCGACGGUGGUGGCAGCACAGAAAGCCAUGGCACAUGCUCAGGCCAAUCCAAGCCCUGCUGCUUUGGCACAAGCUCAAGCGCUGGCGACAUCAGCCACCGCUGCCCUAAACGCAGCUACGGCUCAAGUAAAGCGGGCCGGCUCGUCGCCGAUUUCGCCUUCUUUUAACCAAGGUGAACCUAUAGGGCACAUCAGCACAUCACCGCGCAUCGCCGAUGGCGUCGAACCUCCCGGAGCUCGCCUUCGUGCAGGCUCGAAAGCUCACGCAUUCCCUGUGGCGUCUCCUGGUGGAGCUGGCGCUGCUGCACCUGCUGUCGCCAUAACUCAGCACCCGAGCAUGCUUCAGCGACUGCGAUCGAGAUCCAUCUCUCGCAAUCAGGCUCCACUGACCAUCAAUACUGCUGCCGCGCCUCCCAUGCCCGACAUGCCAAGACCGAGCACAGCUUCCAAAGACUCACAGGCUUCGAGCUCGCCUCACAGCGCCCACACACAGACUUUUGCUGCCUUAUCGCAAGCUGCAAUAAAUCACGGACGACCCUCGGUAGACGCCGCUGCUGCUCCAAGCGAGGGACACGGUAGCCAGAUGUCGCGAGCAGCGUCAAACCAUCCUGGUAACCUGUCUAACUCGAACGACAGCAGCACAGUUCCAGCCGAGCCACGUCAACCUCACAAGAUUUUCAUCCUGUCGAGACAGCGCUUUACUGUUGUCGAGGUACCCGUCUCAGCACGUGCACGCGAUCUUGCGCUUGAGGUGAUCGAGCGAGAGAGAUUGCCGAUGGACGACAGCAAGGGCGGUUGGGUUGUGUUCGACUGCUCGUCCCAGCUCGGCGCCGAGCGUCCUCUGCGCGAGUACGAGGUGAUCACCGAUGUGGUCAAUGUACGGGCGCAUCCUCAGACCGAUUUCUUCCUCAUCAAGCGCACAGAGCUGUCGACCUAUCUGUCCAUUCGCUCCUUGCCGUCAAGCUCGCCAGCGCUUGCAGGAUACGUCUACGUGCAGGAUCGCAAGAAGAAGUGGAGCAAACGGUGGCUCGAACUCCGCGACCAUGCUCUGUACCAUGCCAAGAACGAAAAGGGCAAGGACGAGAUGUCUGUCUGUCAGAUUUCCACCUUCGAUGUGUACUUGGUCGACAGCUCUGCAUUCAAGAUGCCCAAGGCCAACGGAUUUGCACUUCGCUCUCAGGAUCCCAUCACCAUGUUUGAGAAGCCGGAUCAGGACUAUAUCCACUACUUUUGCCUGACUGACCCUGCGGCCCACCGCGACUGGGUCAGGGCUAUUCUCAACGCACGCACUUACAUCUUGCGUCAGGAGAAGGCAGUCCUGUUCCAGAUUGACUCGCCUCCUACCAGUCACGAAGCAGGUCAACCCGGUGUACUUGCAAGCGGCGGUCUUUCGAGAAAGAAUACUUCAAGACGUCCAAAUGGUCGACCCGCAGCGUUGUCGACGGAGGCGGGGACCAGUGGCGCGACGGGUCCAUCACCUCCCACACCGCUGAUCGACAGCAAUGCUUUCGCUGGUCCAUUCGCUAAAGGAAGCCUGCUCGCCGACAAGGCCAUCAGCGAUGCCAAAGAGGCUCUCCGCGGUCAUGCAGCUGUCGCACCUCCCACUGGGGCUCUUCACGAUCUCAGCCUGAUGGACCGCAAUGCUGUGCGCAUGAAUGAAGCGAGGAGGAAAGAAGAGAUCAUCGAGCGUCAACGGCGGAUGAAAGCGGACGGUCAGCCAUUGAUCGACCUCGCUCGAAGAUAG